AUGCCUAACAUCUGGGCUAAGGAACGCUACCAAUAUCAGGAGGAGAGCGACACGUCAAAUCAACAUCGUUUCGCGCAGACGCUUUCAGACAUCGAGAUCAAUACUAGACUCGAGACCGUUGGAUGCAACGACCUCUUGUCAUUAGAAUGGCCUUCACCACCCCGGAAUGUCUUUCUCAUCAAGAAGGACUAUGCUACGGAAACUAGUGCGGCUCUGACGGAGUUUGCCAGUCAUGUGCAUUCAACGUAUCCCGGCACAAACAUAAUCGUUGAGCCCUCCGUCGCAGAGGAGAUCAGCGACACAUUGCCCUUCACCGUCUACGCCGCAGCCCACAACACUCCGCACACAGCCUACCACUCCAAAGUCGACAUGAUCACAACCUUCGGCGGUGAUGGCACAAUCCUUCACGCCGCAGCCCUCUUCGCCAACGCAGUGCAAGUACCGCCAAUCCUCUCCUUCGGCAUGGGCACUCUAGGCUUCCUGGGCGAGUGGAAGUUCUCCGAGUACAAGCGUGCUUUUCGCGAAGUCUACGUCUCCGGCGCACCCUCCUCUCGGCACUCCCUUCUUGACAGUCCAGCUCACUCUGCUCCCGACUCCACCGACACAUCAUCUGCCGACACUGGUCCAACCGGCUGGUCCUCAAUUCGUGGAAAGUCCCUUGGUCUCACGCGAAGCGCCAAAGUCCUGAUCCGCCAACGCCUGAAAAUUGGCGUCUACUCCGCCAACGGCCGGCGGCUGACGCCCCCAUCUGCUCAAGCAGAGGACGGCGACACCCACGCCAUGAACGAGAUUAUCCUCCACCGCGGCGCCGACCCGCAUCUCACCAUCAUAGAGAUCUACGUAGGCGGACGCUUCCUCACCGAGGCCGUCGCCGACGGCAUGAUCAUCUCGACACCCACCGGCAGCACCGCUUACAGCCUGAGCAGUGGAGGCAGCAUCAUCCAUCCACUGGUUCCUUCGCUGCUGCUGACUCCCAUCUGUCCCAGGAGUCUGAGCUUCCGACCCUUGGUGCUCCCUGCGAACUCGCCGAUUACGCUCAAGCUGAGCGAAAAGAAUCGGAGUAAGGAGAUUGAGCUCAGCGUGGAUGGGAAGCGGAUGAGAGGGGGCGUGGGCGUCGGGGCAGAGGUGAGGGUCAGUGGAGAGGAAUUGGUUCACGGGGUCAACGGAGGGCAUGUCAAUGGAAGAGGAUCGAAGGGCGAGUGGAAAGGUGGCAUUCCGUGUAUACUAAGGCAAUCGAGGAGUGGUGGUGCCGAGGGCGAUGAUGGUUGGGUCGGGGGUUUGAACGGGCUGUUGAAGUUCAACUAUCCGUUUGGAGAGGAGGACUGA